AGUAAGUUCGGUGGAAAGUGCCAACGACAAGUCUUUGUGUUCCGAUAUCCUAAAAUCUAAACUUCAAUCACAAGACCAGCCGAUAACAUUUCACACAGAUCAUAUACCCAACAACUCCAUAUGCUAAUCAAUCAGCGGCCUAAUUUAUUUCAACCUGCGCAACUACAUAUUGGCGCUCGUCUUUCUGUUUGUAAACCCUCAAAGCUCGUAGCCUACGCGCACUUCACUGUAUAGACUUCUGCGAUUAAUCUAUCAUAUCUACCAUCCCAACUUCCAACUUCCAACUUCCAGCUUCCAAUUUGCAACUUCCGACUAUCGCUGAGGAGUCGCUAACCACGUCUCCGGGAUAUUGGCUUCUUGCUGGAAACGUUCUUGCCUUCUAAUUGUCAUCCAAUUGCUAUCUUAUGUAGCUUACCACUUAGGUCUUCAUUCAGCGCGUUCACCUCCAAUAUUCUAUUGGCGCUAUGCUCUGAUAUCGGAGGCGACCUACCCCAAAGAAACUUGCCUGCCUACGUCACGUUCACGAAUAUCGUUUUCCUACGCUGCUGAAUUCUUAUUUAUUUUUUUGAUUACUUCAAGAUGGCCACGCCUUUGACUGCAGAUGAGGAGACUCGUUAUACGGAAGUCAUCGAUGGCAUUUUGGCGACGGCCGACCUCGAGACCGUCACGCGGAAGAAGAUCCGUAUGGGCCUUGAGGCUGCACUGGGUGGGAAGGAUCUCAGCGACCAGAAAAAUGCGAUCAAGGCACUUAUUGAAGAGCGCUUCGACGCCAUCUCCUCGGCUGUCCCGCCACCCUCUUCUGCCGCUCCCAAGACCGAGUCAGCAUCCCCACGCCCGUCAUCUAAACGACAAGCAGACAAUUACGACGAAAAUGGCAGUAUCGAAGAGGAUGUCAAUGGAGGCGAGAUUAAGGUGUCGGUAGCGCCGCCUAAAAAGAAGCAACGCAAAGACAAAGGCGAGGAUGUCGAAGAUGCCGAUGCCAAGCUGGCGGCACUUCUCCAAGCCCAGGAAAAUCAACGAACUCGUGCAACUCGUGGGGGCGGCAAGCCCAAGGCGCCUGUGAAGAAGAAGAAGAAAGCGACACCUCGGAAGAAGAGCGACAAGAAAGUCGGACCAGAUGACGAUAGCGACGUAGAAGGGAGCGAGGGGUCGGGAAGUCGGCGGCGUAAGGCCAUUGGGGGCUUCCAAAAGCCUUUCAACCUUAGCUAUCCGCUCGCCGAGCUUUGCGGGGAAGCGCAACUGUCGCGACCGCAAGUCGUCAAGAAACUGUGGGAACACAUCAAAGGCAACCAGCUACAAGAUCCCAAUGACGGGCGCCAAAUUCGAUGCGAUGAGAGGAUGCAAGCCGUUUUUAAGCAGGCUAGAGUUGACAUGUUUCAGAUGAACAAGUUAGUUGGCAACCAUCUCUAUCCCGUGGACGAGGAAUAGCUUUAUGGCUGCUUCUCAUAAGCUAGGCCAUAUCUUUUAUGUACCUCCUACUACUAUGGUACCUAGUAGUAUGGAGGUAUUGCAUGAUAUGUACUGCGUUACUUUUUAUUAAGCCGUUUAUUAAGCCGUGAUAUAUGUACUGGAGGUAUGUUCCGGUUGAGAUUACCGGGAGGCGUUGUGAUGGGUCAAAAUUGGCGCGGGCAAGGCGCAGUAAUUAACCUAUCCUAGUAUCAUAUUUGAGACCUGGGACUAGGUAGCUCAAAGUGAUUGAAUUUGACUGAUCUUGAAGCUUUUAUGUCUUAGAGAUGCACUGCACGGAUAACUUCCAAGUUGGUUCUGUGUACUUAUGUACAAUGUGUCAGCUGACAGUCACUGAGUAAUGAGUACAUCUACUAAAUAUAGGUAAGAUUAGUUAUGUAAUAUAGAUGUACGCACAUCAAUCAAUGAUGUUGUUUUUAAAAGACUUCAAUGUUCAAGUUCUAUCGUUGAAG